AUGGAUUGUAGCAAAUUGGCAGAAGAUAGGACUCCUGAAUUAGGAAUGGAGUUCAAUAGUGAAGAAAAUGCGUACAAAUUUUAUAACAAAUAUGCCUUUAAAAUGGAUUUUAGUGUAUGUAAAGACUAUCUAAAUAAAUACAAAGAUGGCCUGACCACGUUUAGGAAAUAUAGUUGCUGCAAGAAAGGUGUGAAACGCAAGUACGAAGGUGAUGUGAUGCCAAAGAUGACACGAGCGCCGACAAAAACAGGGUAUGAAAUUGAAGAAGUGGAACAAUUUAACAGGGCCUGGGAGGCAAUGGUGAAGAAACAUAAUCUUGAAAAUAAUGAAUGGCUUUCCGGACUGUAUCGAAUUCGUAAUAAAUGGGCAAGAUGCAUGAUUAAAGAAAGAUGGACCGCGAGAAUGCGAAGCACCCAAUUUAGCGAAAGCCUAAAUGCAGCAAUUAAAGAUCAUUUGAAACUGGACGACGACCUUAUGUAG